AAUAAACGCCAUUUUGAGGAAACAAUCGGCUGACUUUUGUGUAUUUUGAGCAAAAGUGGAGGGCAGAGCCAUGAAUCUCAGUGAAGAAAAAGAAGACAAUGAUAUUGCCUCUAAAAUGAGUUCUUCAUCUCCUGAAACAAGCUGCGAUCAACCUAUGAAGAAUCUGCCCUCUGCAUCCAGUGAUGAAACCAUGACGUCUGACCCCAGUAUCAGCAGGAGGAAGAGACACAGAUCACAGUCUCCACAUUCAAGCUGUGUGUCUGUGAAGAGUAGCAGAUCCAUGAAGCAACCUGAAACUUUCAGUGAUGCAGUGACCUCUGACCCCCUAAUAUAUUUGACCUGCACUGCAUCCAGUGAGGCUGGGGACCUGCGGAAACCAGUGGAUGAUGUUCUUCAGAGAGUGAAAGACCUCCACAAAACCAGCAUGAAAAACAAGUAUGAGAGAUUAUUUGAGGGACUGAAACUCCAGGAGAAUGAAAGCCUCCUGAGCAGCAUCUACACACAGCUCUACAUCAUAGAGGGAGAGAGAGAAGAAGUGAAUGAAGAACAUGAGGUUUUACAGAUGGAGAAAACAGCCAGAACACAACACUCACAAGACACUCCAAUCUACUGCAAUGACAUCUUUAAAGCCUCCGCUGAAGCAGGAUGUGAGGAGAAAGAGCAGAUCAAGACUGUUCUUACUAAAGGCAUCGCUGGAAUCGGAAAAACCGUCUCUGUGCAGAAGUUCAUUCUGGACUGGGUCGAGGGAAAAGCCAAUCAGGAUGUAGAUUUCAUGUUUGUGCUUCCAUUUCGAGAGCUGAACUUGAUCCCAGAUCAUCAGUACAGUCUUCACAGACUUCUGCUGGACUUUCACCCUGAACUUCAAGAUCUGGACUCACAGAUUUAUGAGGAGUGUAAAGUUGUGCUUAUCUUUGAUGGUCUGGAUGAAAGCAGAAUCACACUGAUGUUUUCAGACGCUCAGAAAGUUUGUGAUGUGACUGAGACUUCAUCAGUGGCUGUGUUGAUGUCAAAGCUCAUGAAAGGAGAGCUGCUUCCCUCUGCUCUCAUCUGGAUCACCUCCAGACCAGCAGCAGCCAAUCAGAUCCCCUCCAAAUACAUCCACCGUCUGACAGAAAUUCAGGGAUUCACUGAGCCUCAGAAGGAGGAAUAUUUCAGGAAGAGAAUCAGUGAUGAGCAUCAAGCCAGCAGAAUCAUCUCACACAUCAGAAGAGCAAGAAGCCUCCACAUCAUGUGCCACAUCCCCGUCUUCUGCUGGAUCUCAUCCACUGUGCUUCAGAAGCUCCUGGAAGAAGAUCUGAGUGCAGAAAUCCCUCAAACUCUGACUGAAAUGUACAUCCACUUCCUGCUGAUUCAGAUCAACACGAGGAAGCAGAAGUAUGAAGAGAGAGAUCCAGCGAAACUCCUGCCGUCCGACAGAGAAGUGAUUGUGAAACUUGCUGAAGUGGCUUUCAAACAGCUGAUGAAGGGCAAUGUGAUGUUCUAUGAGGAGGACCUGAUUGAGAGCGGCAUAGACGUCACUGACGCCUCAGUGUAUUCUGGGAUUUGCACUGAGAUCUUUAAGCAGGAAUCUGUGAUUCAUCAGAGGAAAGUUUACAGCUUCAUUCAUCUGAGCAUUCAGGAGUUUCUCGCUGCUUUCUACGUGUUUUAUUACCAUGUAAAGGAAACUAUGAAGGGACUGAAAAAUUUUGCUUCAGUAAAACAUUUGCUUAAAGCUGCAGUAGAUGAAGCCAUUGAGCGUGAGAAUGGACGUCUGGAUCUGUUCCUGCGGUUCCUGUUGGGCAUCUCACUGGAGUCCAAUCAGAGACUCUUUCAGGAUCUACUGACACACACAGAGAACAGCUCAGAGAGCAUCAAAGAUUCGAUACAGUACAUUAAAGAGAAGAUCAAAGAUGGACAUGGACUCUCCACUGAAAGAUCCAUCAAUCUGUUCCUCUGUCUGCUGGAAGUGAAAGAUCAGACUCUGUUCAGAGAAAUUCAGGAGUUUGUGAAAUCAGACAAACACUCAGAGAAACUCUCUGCUGCUCACUGCUCAACAAUCUCCUACAUGCUUCAGAUGUCAGAGGAACCGUUGGAUGAACUGAACCUCCGGAAAUACAACACAUCAGCUGAGGGUAGAAGAAGACUGAUACCAGCUGUGAUCAACUGCAGAAAAGCCAUUCUUGCUGGCUGUAAUCUUUCGGAUAAGCAAUGUGACAUUGUGUCAUCAGCUCUACAGUCCUCAAUCUCUGUCCUGAGAGAGCUGGAUCUGAGUAACAAUGACCUGCAGGAUUCAGGAGUAAAGCUGCUCUCAGAUGGACUGAAGUGCCCAAACUGCCAGUUGGAGGCACUGAGGUUGUCAGGCUGUAUGGUGACAGAGGAAGGCUGUGGUUAUUUGUCUUCAGCUCUGAGUUCAAACCCCUCACACCUGAGAGAGCUGGAUCUGAGCUACAAUCACCCAGGACAAUCAGGAGUCCAGCUGCUCAAACACAAACUGCAGGAUCUAAACUAUAAACUGCAGAUACUCAAGGUGGAUAAUGGAGAACAUUUUAGAAUCACACCUGGACUGAGAAAAUAUGCCUGUAAUAUCACACUGGAUCCAAACACUGCACACACUCAACUUGUGUUGUCUGAUGAGAAGAGGAAGAUUAUACAUGUGACAGAACCACAGCCGUAUCCUGAUCAUCCAGAGAGAUUUGACAGCUGUGAGCAGGUUCUGUGUGUUGAGAGUCUGUCUGAACGCUGUUACUGGGAGGCUGAAUGGACUGGGAAGGGUGCUGAAAUAGUAGUGUCAUAUAAAGGCAUCAGAAGGAAAGGAGUGAGUGAUUGCUGGUUUGGAUACAAUGACAAAUCCUGGAGUCUGUACUGCUGUGCUAAUGAAUUCACUAUAUGGCACAGUAAUGUGAGCAAUAAUAUACACUUCCCUUUAUCCUCUAAUAGAGUAGGAGUGUAUGUGGAUGUGUCGGCUGGCUCUCUGUCCUUCUACAGCGUCUCUGACACACACACACUCACACACUUACACACAUUCAACACCACAUUCACUGAACCCCUCUACGCUGGGUUUGCAGUUUAUGCUGAUUCUACAGUGUCUCUUUGUCAGGCUGAACAGCUUGCUGUGAGAAACAACUGAGACAAGCUCUCUCUUUUCCCGGUAGUCACAUUUGUUCCUCUAUUUUUUAUAUUAAACAACUAACGCAGUGCUUCAAUCCUGGUCCUGGAGACCCACCACUCUGCACAUUUUCUCCCUUACUUUAUUCAGAUCAUCAGCUCACUAGGAAAGAGCUCCAUUAACUGAACUUAAUGUGUUAGAUAAGAAAGACAUUCAAAAUGUGCAUAGCAGUGAUUCUUCAGGACCAGGAUUGAAAAGCACUUAAUUUAAAACAAAAAAUUAAAGCUUUGUUGCUUUAGAUUAUAGGUCAUCUUCAUGUUAGUGUACAUCUGAAUGUUGUCCAGACUUGUUUGUUUUUACAAAAUAUAUCUAUAAAAAAUACUAUCACAUUGAAAGAGUGUGUGUGUGCACAUCCAGGAUUUUGUGAGUGCAUAGACACGAGAUAUUUUUGUUUUGUUGGAGACUCGUACAAAUUGAUGCUCGCUGGGAUCUUGAGAAUAUAGAUGAUUGUUAAUCCAGAAAGGAGAGUAAAGCUGAAGUAUGUUUAUUAAUUUUUCAGGCCUGUCUGAGCAGAAACACUAGAGGAAUGUUUUUGAUGCCAGGACUGAUUCAUUUAUUGCAGGGUUGCAAGUGUAAAAGUUAAUAAUCGUAAUAAUAUCUGAGAAAACCAUAUAUUGUUUUUUUUUGUUGUUGUUGUUGUUGUUGUUGUUGUUGCUACAUCGACAUAUUAUGUUACUGAGAAUACUUUAAUUUCCCCAUGUUUUCUAUUGGGUUUUUAAAACCAUUUGGUCAAAGAACCUAAACAUUUUCUUUCCUGUACUAACAUGCUUUAUUUAGGUGAAAAUAAAUGAUCAAUUACAGCUUUUAUUCAAGUAAAAAAUAUAUAUUUCCAGUUGAUGAAUAUUACUGACUUCAUUAGGUAGCUGCAACUCUUUAAUGUAACAGCUGCACAAUUUAACACUAGGUUACUGGUUUUCUUCACACAUGCAGUGUCUGUGCUGUUACAUCUGCAAAGUUUAGCCUCAGAUUAGUUCAUUGAACAUGACUGCAUGCUAACAAACACACAGGAUUUGAACAAUACAAUUAAUAUCUGAACAUUCAACAGGGCUCUGUGUGGUGGGAAAAGCCCUGCUGACUGCACAGUUGUCUGUUACUCACUCAACGGUGUGGGGGUUCCCCAUUUGAUGCAUUUGAUGACUGCUUUUGACAUCAAUUAAUGUGCAGCUCUAAUACACUGUUUUGAUGUUUAAUAUCUUUAAAUUGGACGCUGUCUGUGGAACUGUCGAAUUAACAUCACAUAAUUCACCCAUUUCUCCUGAAUCACAUGAAAGUAAGUGGCCAGUGAACUGGGAGAAAACAAAGUAAGCUUUAUAUUAACCGACACUGUGUGUGUAUAUGAUAGGAAUUAAAUGUCAGAUUAUUACUGCUGCUUUCCAUGGAAAUUUGUGUAUUUACCAAGCUAUAAAUGUCUUUUUUGUUGUUGUUGUUGCUAGUACUAGUGUCUGUGCAUUUUAGAGUCUUUAAACAACUUAGCUUCCUCAUAUUUAUCUGAGCUGCUUUCCUCACUUAACCCCGCUCGAGCUCUAAGAUCUAGUAAUCUUAGAUUGCUCACUGUUCCUAGAGUCAAAUUAAAGAAAAGGGGUGAAUGUGCCUUCACUGUUGUAGGCCCUAAACCCUACCAGAUCAUGUUAGAUCUACUGCUACUUUACAGGUUUUUAAAUCUC